AUGCAAAAGAAAAGGCAAAUUGUAGAUGCACUAUUGGUGAAAAUGAACAAUGGUAGAUUACCUAGGGGUCACUUGAAGCAGUUAUCAACUCAAUUUAACAUACACAAAUCAACAAUAACAAGAAUAUUCACAGAUAUAAAGAAACAACUGGCAGAAAGGGACUUGAUUGAUGUCAGGACUAAAAAAAUUGGCAGAACAGGGAGAAAGCCAAUGGAAAUUUCUGAUGAAAUUCUACAGUCAGUCCCAUUACAUUUAAGGCAGACUGAAAGGAGCUAUGCAGGAGCACUGAAGAUCAGUCAUAGCACAGUUCACAAUUUGAAGAGGAGAGGAAGGCUAAGAACAUACACAACCUGCAACAAACCAACACUGUCAUCAGACCAUAAGGUGGCCAGACUAAGAUGGAUUUUGUCACACAUAAAUCCAUUUACAAGAAAUGAGGACCCCACAUUUGUUGACAUGAGGAAGGUCAUACACUGUGAUGAGAAGUGGUUCUACUUGAACCCUGAUAAAAGGAGGUUUUAUCUACUGCCAAGUGAGGAGGAUCCUUACAUGGCACUUCAGUCAAGAAGAUUCAAGCUCAAGGCAAUGUUCAUGGUAAUUAUAGGGAAGCCAUUAUAUGGCAUAAAUGGAGACAUGUUACAUGAUGGGAAGUAUGGCAUCUUCACAUUCACUGUGCAGCAAGUAGCACAGAAAUCAAGCAAGAAAAGGGCAAAAGGGACUUUGGAAACAAAGGCACUCCAGAAUAUAAACAGAGAAGUUAUUAGGGAGAUGCUGCUCACAAAAGUUAUCCCAGUCAUCAAGUCAAAGUGGCCAGAAAGUCUGGCCAAGGAUGUGGUAAUCCAAUGGGACAAUGCAAGGCCUCACCAAGUUCCAAGGGAUGCAGAGUUCAUUGAAGCUACUACCACAAAUGGCUUCAACAUUCAAUUUAUUUUUCAGCCAGCACAAUCACCUGAUUUGAAUGUGCUUGAUUUAGGGCUGUUUAGGUCUAUACAAUCAUUGCAAUAUCAGUCUUUUCCUAAAGACUUAGAUGAGCUAGUUCAAAAGGCAGAAGGUGGUAACAAGUACAAGAUUCCACAUAUGAACAAGAAAAAGCUUGAGAAUCUUGGCAUUCUACCAGAAAUAGUUGUAGUCCAGAAGGAGGUAGUAGUGGAGGCUGUGGAGUAUCUAAACACUAUGUUUAGGCCAGCUAAUCAGGGCAAUGAAGAAGUCACCGAAGAAUUGGAGAUGGAUGCAGAUUAG